AUGCGCUACACUCUGAUCAACGGCCUUCUUCUUCUGGCCAUUUCUCCUUUCACGUCCCUCGCACUUCCUGUCGACCCCAACAAUCAAGGUGGACAGUGGGAUCCUAGUGGCCAAUACCGAAAGGGUCACUACGAUUCAAACGGCCACUUCAUCCCUGAGGAGGGCAGUAACCAACAGAAUCGUCAGAACUGGCAAGACGGUCAGAACGGUCAAAAUGGCCAGUGGAACCAGAACAAUGACAGGAAUCGCAAUGGUCAGAACAACAACCACUUGCAGCGUCGUUUUCUGCCUUCUCAAUCUCUUAAUGACGAUCAGCUUCGCAAGUACGGGAACUUUGGAUCCGGUCAUCCUAAUUUCGGUGCUCCUGAUGUGAACAUUCCCGGUACUGGCAUUCAUGCUCGCAACUGGCCCUAUGAUCAAAACAAUAACCAGGAUUGCUGGACUGAUUCCAACGGGCAAUGGCACCAGGUUAAUCAGAACAACCAAGGCGGUUGGACCGAUGCAAAUGGUGUGUGGCACAAGAACUCCAACAGCGACCAGAACAACAAAACCAGGAAGCGCGAUAUCGUUCCCGGUGUUGGCGCUCCUGACCACUAUGACAACUACUGUGAGCAAGAGGAGGCAAACCAUCACCAGGAGCAUGAAGGGGACCGUGAAACCGCUGAAGACGUUACCUCUGCCCUGCUCCCCGGUCCUGUUGUAGCUCGCAAUUACCCCCAGCAUCAUAACAGCUGGAACAACAGCGACAACGACAACGAUGGCUGGAACCACAAUGUCCCUCAGGCCAACCCUGUCGAAAACUAUAACGAUGAGGCCCAUGAUGAUGACCACCACAAUAAGGAUCACCACGAGGACAAGGGCAUCGAUGCUACUGAUGAAAAGUUGGAGUGA